AUGGCCGAAGAAGUUAACAAGUUCCAAUUCUAUUCAUUCAUAUUCUACCACAUCAUUCUGAUUCUUCUAUAUUUCACAAGUAUUCUCAUAAUUUUCCCAUUAUUUAUCCAUUUCACAAGAUUGAAUCGAGAAAAAGACAAAGAAGCGUCGAUUUUUCAAAUCACAAAUCAUCUCUACAAAAUCACAGUUCACUCACAACUCACAAUAUUGAUUGCAAUUAUCGCAAUUCUUAUUGUCAUUUUGUCGAUCUCAUUUUUUGAACCAAAACAAAACGAGGAAACGAAUUUUAUGGACAUUGAUAACUUCCUAGUGAUCUUGUCAAUAAUAACAAUCUACACUUUUAAUUCAAUUAUUAUUCCGAUUCAAAACUUCCUUAUAUUCCUUUUGGCGCUUCAAAGAUUCCUAAUUUAUUUCUUCCCAAAUUAUGAAAAAUAUCUGGUUCCCAGUGAAAAAUCCUUCACAAUUUUCAAUCGAUUUCUAUAUUUUCUAUCAAUUUUCGGUAACUUGAUGUAUUCUUUAUGGUAUUACAAAUGUUUCAUGUCUCUUGAUAUUCAAAACAAUGAAUAUUGCGAUGGAAUCCAGCCAGCAAUACGUUUCUCAAUUUAUAUAAUCCUGGAUUUUCUAGUCAUGCUCUCCUCGAUUUUCUAUAUUUCUAUCCUAAUCAAUGUUCGGAAUAUCACAAGAAAUGCCUCAAUUUCAAUGAAAAAUCGCCCGGAAAAAGUGAUAAUUUACCAAACUUUGGUUUUAUUUCUGGUAAAAUUCUCAUGUUUUCCUCUAGCUUGGUUUUUUUCGGGAGUUUUUGAUUCAAAUUUGUAUGGACUUUUGAAUACGGUAAUUUUCAAAUCUCCAUGUUCCUUUAAAAAAAAUAUUUUCAGAUCUACUAUUCCUUAUUCAUCAUAGAUUUUCUAACAACGCCAAUCGUAUUUCAAAUCACAUAUUUAUUCUGCAACAAAACAAAUCUGGAAAAUUUGCUGAAAAUGAAUUUGAAAACUUGGAAAAAUAUUUUUGGUAGACAUGGUGUUGAGGAUUUUCAUGCGCCACAUAUUAUUAUGAGCACCACAUCUGGAAUUUAA